AUCUUCCUGGCACAGUAUUCUCCUCCAGUCUUCCAACUACAAUUUUCUCUCAUAAACAGGAUGAGAAGUUUGACUUCUUUCAUGCUUCUUUUUCCUUAUGCGCUAGCUGUUCUAACCAUUGUUCCGCCACUAAUCUCUUGUGAUCUCAUCUCUGAAACAUGUGACCAAACCCCAAAUGAUCGCCUUUGUGUUAAAAUUCUGAGGAAAGACAAUCGGAGUCUUGAUGCAGAUGUUGCCGGUCUGGCCCUGGUCACGGUUGAGGCAGUUAGAGACAAGGCAAACUCAACGUUGCAAAGCAUCAAGGAGCUAAAAAGGUCUAAUCUAACAUUGGCAAAUGCGCUGAUGGAAUGCCAAGAAAACUACUAUGUAAUCCUCAGAAUUGAUGUUCCAAAAGCUGUGGGAUCAAUGAGAGAAAACCCAAGACUUGCUGAACAUGGGAUGGCUGAUGCUGUUAUAGAAGCUCAGGGGUGUGAAGCAAGUUUGAACAAACUAGAGCAGUCACCACUGGCUGACGUGAACGCUGCCGUUUAUGACCUGUCUGUUGUGGCUCUGUCCAUAAUCAGGAUAAUGUUACAUAGACUCUAUACUGUUAAUUAG